GCUGCACACUCCGAAUGGAACACCACCAUCUUCUGCGCGGUCAACACACUUUCUUGCUCCAACACAUCUUGUUUUGAUUACCACUAUGCCGCAAAGGUUGGAUUUUAUUGGAAAAGUUGCAGUCAUAACCGGCGCUGGUGGUGGAUUAGGAAGAGCAUAUGCACUAGAAUUUUCUAAAAGAGGUGCUAGUGUGGUUGUCAACGAUUUAGGUGGGAGCUUUCAUGGAGAUGGAAAAGACACUUCACUUGCUGAUAAAGUUGUGGAGGAAAUAAUUACAGCUGGGGGAAAAGCUGUUGCUAACUACAACUCUGUUGAGCAUGGAGAAAAGAUUAUUGAAACCGCCAUUCAGAAUUAUGGCAAGAUUGACAUUCUUGUCAAUAAUGCUGGUAUUUUGAGAGACCGAUCUUUUCUCAAAAUGAGUGAGAAAGACUGGGAUAAAAUCUUUGAAGUACAUGUUAAGGGAGCUUUCAAAGUAACAAAGGCAGCAUGGUUGCAUAUGCAAGCGCAAAAAUAUGGUCGUAUUGUGAUGACCACGUCACCUGCUGGUUUGUAUGGAAAUUUCGGUCAAGCUAAUUACUCUGCAGCUAAAAUGGCGUUAGUGGGAUUAGCAAACACAUUAAGCAUUGAAGGAAGAAAGAAAAAUAUUUUAGUUAACACUGUCGCCCCUUUAGCUGUUACUAGAAUGACAAAGGAUUUGAUGCCUGGUUUCGACUUACAACCCGAACAUGUUGCCCCUUAUGUGGUAUUUUUAUGUCAUGAAUCUUGUAACGAAACAGGGAGCAUUAUUGAAGUUGCUGGUGGAUUUGCUUGUAAAACGCGAUUGCAAAGAGCCAGAGGUGCACAGCUGCGGCAAUACGUCAGUGAUUCUCCAUCAGUUGAAACAAUCGCUAACUCCUGGGAUAAGCUUACCGACUUUUCUGUGACAUCUAAUCCCAGUAGUGCUGAUGAAGCUGCGCAAGAAAUUAUUAAUACAAUGCAAAAACUUCCUGAGGAACCUGUGCCUGUUAAUGCUCCACCUCAUGAAAAAAUGAUGGCAUACAACUUUCCUGAUUGCUUUUUUUCCUACACUGAGGAGGAUGUCAUUCAGUAUGCUUUGGGUGUGGGUGCUACUUUACCAGACGAUGACCUUUUCUUAUAUGAAGGACAUUCUUCCUUUUCUACACUUCCAACAUUCGCUACUAUAAUGGGUCAGGGCGCUGUUUUUGGACAGUUUGCGGAAGGGAUUCCUGGACUUGAAGAUGUGGAUGUCAGCCGAGUUCUCCAUGGUGAACAACAUACGAAAAUUUAUAAGCAGAUACCACCAUGCGGCAAAGUUCGAUGCAGUGGUAAAGUUGUUGACGUAUUGGACAAGAGGAAAUUUUGCCAAGUUAUAGUCGAGAAUAAUAUUUAUGACGCUAAAACAGACGAUCUGCUUUGCCAGAACCAAUUUGUAGUGUUGUUUGUUGGUGUUUCUGGUAUUGGACGAAGAGGAAAAUCUAAAGUUCAGGUUCCAUCUCUACCCCCGCCUGCAAGAGCAGCUGAUGCCGUAUACGAGGAGAAAACAAGCGUUAACCAAGCUGCUCUGUAUCGUCUGAGUGGUGAUAAAAAUCCUUUGCAUAUUGACUCUGGUUUUUCAACUGCAAUGGGUUUUGAAACACCUAUCCUGCAUGGUCUCUGCACUUAUGGUUAUGGAUUUCGCCAUGUUCUCAAAACGUUUGGUGAUAACGAUAGUUCGUUGUGUAUGGGAGUCAAAGCACAGUUUUCCAAACCUGUGCUUCCUGGCCAAACUUUGCAGACAAAAAUGUGGUUGGAGGGCCGUCGAGUUUACUUUCAAACUAGUGUGAAAGAAAAUGGAUCGGUUGUUCUCCGCAAUGCAUAUGUUGAUUUUGUUGCUGAUGUUCAGCGUUCAAAACCUGCGCUCGUCACCACGAAGCAAUGCAAGUCGUCAUCAAAUGACAAUAUGGAAGUUGUUCACACUGCUUACGGAAUACAACUUGACAAACCAACUAAUGUGUUGACCAGAACAGGGCGUGGUUUUCCGUUCCAAGUUAUCGACAGUAAUAAGGCUGAAGGUAAUGAAAUUCUGUCGUGUACAGUCAAUAUAUCUGAAAGUGCAUUAGCUGACGGAAGGUUGAGACCGAUGGAGGCUUUCAUGCGGGGCGAGCUAAAAACUUCUAAUAAAGUAUUGCUUACAGGUAGUAUAGCGGAUAUAUUCAAAGAUUGUGCAUCAAAAUUAUAAAUGUUUCGAAGUAUACUUCAGGGGAUGGACGAACGAGUUAUGAAAUAUGGUGGUAAAUAUGGUCUUUAACCGUGUUUUUUGCAUAUAUUUAUUUUUAUGCAACGAUAUCUGAUUGCAUAAAGGGUGACCAAGCGCUUUAUAAUAACUGAAAGUUUUCACCCAUCUCUUUGAAUCUUUAUCAACAUUUUUUUUGUGUCUCACAGUCGUACCAUUUCUUACCGAUUUUUUAUUGUUAAUUUAGUUAAAAUAAUCUUAAACUGACAAAUGUUUACAUUUUUAGCUCGGUUUUCUCCGAAUUUUUUUUAACUUAUCUACUUCAGUUCGUGGUUUUUCGGACAUAUUAUGGCUGGGGACAGAAUCCGCCCCCUUCCUUUGAUUAAAUAGGAUUAAAGUUAUAUUUCUAGAUGGAAUACAUUUUUGUUUCCUUUUUACUAUUUUUUAUAAUGAAGAUAGAUAUGUUCAAUUUAAACUACUGUUUUUACUAGUAGUUCUAAGUUUGUUCGUAUAAGGUGAACAGACCUUGUUUCCUAUGAUGAAGCACUUAAGUCUAUUUUCCUUAUCGUGAAUUUCAAAUUACGAUAUCGCAAUGACUGCAACACGAAAAUGAGAGAAUAGAUUCCUUUCUUUGUAAAUCGAAGUUGCAAUGGCGUUCAGUGCAUUGAAAAAAGGCAGUGCAUGUUGGUUUAAUUUGAGGUUAGAAGUAUUUCACGUACUUAGUUUCUGCUGCAUUAUUCGAAUCCUUUGAAAUCCUAACCCUCUAGAUUGAAUAAAAUGCUUUUAAAUUUUAGCGCAAUUAUCUUUACUCUUUAGUGAACCUUUUUUAUGUUUCAAAAAUUGUAUGUUUAUGUAGUUUCGACAAGAAUUAACAAUUACGUUCGAUGAUAAAGAUUGUCGGCAAAAAAUCAUGGAUCUUAGUUUUUUGAAUAACAGAAAAGACAUGUAUUUGAUGUAUGGAA